AUGGGCAACAGCAACCCGUCGGCGAAUCGCUACCGUCCCCCCCACACCGAAGACAAGGACAGUAAUGGGCAAUCGAGGAUGCUGAGCGCGGUCAGUAGUGAUCCGCUGCUCGCAUUUCAUAAGGAUCUGGUCGAGAUCGAGUCCAUCUCGGGCAAUGAGCACGAUGUCGGCGUAUUCCUUGCGAAGUAUCUUGAAUCGAAGGACUUCACAGUCGUGAGGCAAGAAGUAUCGCCAGUGAAGAAGGAUAUUGAAGGGACCGCGACUCCUAAACCUCGCUUCAAUAUUUACGCCUACCCUUCUUCCCUGUCGGAGCAGCCCUCCAUCCUUGUCUCAAGCCACAUCGAUACCGUCCCGCCCUUCAUCCCAUACUCAGUCCACUACGAUGCAAAGACCCGAGAUGUUCAGUCUGACCUGGACAACCUUAUUGUGGCUGGCCGCGGCACCGUCGAUGCCAAGGGGAGUGUUGCCGCCCAAGUCUUUGCUGUGCUGGACUCACUCGAGAAGAACCCUGAUGCGAAGCUUGGUCUGCUUUUCGUGGUCGGCGAGGAGAUUGGUGGAGACGGCAUGCAAACCUUCUCCGAGUCGAAGCUGAACUCUGACAGUACCUACCACACCGUGAUCUUUGGCGAACCGACUGAGGCGAACCUUGUUUCUGGCCACAAGGGCAUGUUGGGUUUUGAGGUCCUCUCCCACGGCAAGGCUGCUCACUCCGGAUACCCGUGGCUUGGAAAAAGCGCCGUGUCUGGUAUCCUGCCAGCGCUAAUGCGUGUUGACAAGCUCGGUGAAAUCCCCGCUAGCGAGGGUGGUUUGCCAUCUUCGCCUAAGUACGGACGAACCACUCUGAACAUCGGUAAGAUUGAUGCUGGUGUAGCGACUAAUGUCGUCCCCGCUUCUGCUCGGGCUGAUGUCGCGGUGCGCCUUGCUGCUGGAACUCCAGAGGAGGCCCGCGAGAUUAUUCAUAAGGCUGUUGAGGAUGCCACUCGGGACGUGGAUGCUGAUGUGGUAGUUGAUUUUAAUUCCCACAAUGAGUCUUACGGGCCUCAGGACUUGGACACGGAUGUUGACGGGUUCUCUGUCAUUCCUGUUAACUAUGGAACUGAUGUACCUAACUUGAAGGUCCGUUCUGGCGUCAAGCGCUAUCUCUAUGGACCGGGCAGCAUCUUCGUUGCCCACGGUGAUAACGAGGCUCUUUCUGUGCGCGAUCUCCGAGACGCUGUCGACGGUUUCAAGAAGCUGAUUGACGCUGCUCUGGAGAGGGAUUGA